UUGCCAACCGAUGCAUGGAAGAACCGCGGAAAUGGGGAUGUAAUAACAACAUCCCGCUGCACACAAAGUUGAAACGUGUUUUGGAGUCAAAUACAAGUUUGGGUAAAAUUAAUUUGAUUUAUUUGACAUAUAAUGUUACGGUUCAGAAAAAAAGCGUGUUUUAUUUGAAUUUAAUAGCGAAUGCUCAACAGUGACCUUAAACAGAAACGGAAAUAGCGAUUGGAUAUAUUUAGAUCCUUUCCCACAGGUAAUAGACGCGCUAAGAGAAUCUAGAACUGCUAACCUCGCUUUCAAGUCCUUAGCGAAUAUUAUUGAUUGAUGUCGUCUGUCCAACUAAGCGUGACAUUUUGGCCAACAUGGAUGUUCUUCCACGACAGUUCGCUGGUUUAGCUAUCUUUUUGGUGUUUGUCUCGGUAAAUAGCUACCGAUUCAGCAUCCCAACAAAUCUGUUCACCCAAGGUCCAGUCGAUUCGAGUUUGGAACCCGAAGGACUUCGAGAAAUUCGCGCGCUUUCACUCGACGAAGAAACAGACGAGCAUGACGAAGAACGAAAACUUCAUCAAAGAUUUCGUAGAGCUUCGGUGCAGCCUUCAGAGCCGAUUAUAAUAGAGUCUGACCUUAAAGGCGAAACUCGGAAUAUAUUUUACAUGUAUUGGCCGGGAAAUGCUGCGCAAGAUAAAAAUAUUCUGCUACUAGCAAAAAACGAACAAGGCCCACCGAAACCUAUCAUAUAUUUGUCGACGAAUUUCGGUAAAAACUGGACAAACAUCAACUCCCGUUUGCAACUGAAGAAUAGAAGGUCUCAAGGCAGCGUUGACCAAAUUUAUGUCAGCAAACUAAACCCAAGGCUGUGUCUUCUUGCUGAUGCAACCAAUAAGCAUCUUUUCCUUGCACGAGAUUUCCAGAACUUUGUGGCAAUACAGCUUUCUUGGACACCUUCCUUCCUGUCUUUCCACCCAACCAAAGCUGAAAUUAUAGCUGGAUACGAUAAGCUUACUAAAAAGUUGUACCUUUCCAGAGACCAGGGAGUGAGUUUUACUGAGAUACAAGAUAGCUUAAAGGCAUUUUGGUGGGGUGUACCAGAUGUUGACGAGUACAGUAUUAUGUUUUUUGAAGUAUAUAAAUCACAGGCCAAAGAUUCUCAGAGCACUGCCUAUAAGUAUGACUUCCUAACAGUGAAUCGAAUAAAACUACUCGACUAUGUUGAUGAGUUUGAAGUCAUGCAAAAGUAUUGCUUCGCAACUCUAACAAAAACAGAGGGUGACAAAAAAUCUACGGAAUUUCUUGUUUCCUACAAGCGUGGGAAUUUCAAACCAACAAAAUUUCCAGUCAAAGAGCAUUCCCGGGAUUACUUUGUGUUCGAUGUAUUAGACGACCAAGUGUUUGUAGUCAUUAAUCAUCAGCGCAAUGAAUCAAAUAUGUACUUGUCAGAUGUUGGCGGACAGAAGUACACUCUGUCCUUGGAGAGAGUACUUUAUCACAACCCGUACACUGAUGUCUCCUCCCCUUGGCUUAGGACGGUUGUUCCGUAUGCUUUUGUUGAUGUCCACAAGGUGAAGUCUAUGCGCGGGGUGUACCUCGCUACUCAGCUGACUCCAGGGCCUGUAGGCAAACGUCAUCUGCUCUCGAUGAUCACGUACAACAGGGGCGGCUCAUGGGGCCGUAUUCGCUCACCUACUCGUGAUAUCCAUGGCUCACCAAUCUAUUGUUAUUUGCCUUCAUGUUCGCUGCAUAUGAACUUGUUAUACGGAAGCGUCUAUCGGAUCUCGCCUUCCGAGAAUCUCCUGUCUACUCACUCUGCACCGGGUCUUGUUAUGGCUCUGGGUGUGGCAAGUACAAACCUGAAAAUCCAUCCAGACGUGUUUGUCUCCACUGAUGGCGGAGCCAACUGGAAAAGGGCAUUGCGCGGAAAGCACCAGUACGCUUUCGGGGACCAUGGCGGUGUUUUAAUGGCCGUGUUGUACCGAAGAUACACUUACACUUUGAGGUAUAGCACGAAUGGCGGCAACAACUGGACCUCUAUCCCUUUCACGAGUCCUCAAAACAAGGUUUUAGUGGAAGACAUCAUGACGCAGGCAGAAGAGAAAUUACCCAUUUUCAUACUGUACGGCUCGACCAUAAAGGACAACAAGAAACAAUGGAAACUCUUUCACAUCAACCUUACUAGUGUACUUGGCUCUCCCUGCCAAGCAAGCGAUAUGCAGCUUUGGGUUCCCUCAGACGAUCGAGCUGGGCUGGAGCGGUGCAUUUUGGGAGAGCAGGUUGAGUACAAAAUUCGUAACUGGACGAAGACGUGCCUUAUGGGGAAGGACUAUGAGGCGGGCAAGGUGGUCAAGAGCUGUACCUGCCGCAGGGUCGACUUUGAGUGUGACUUUGGGUUUGUGGCCAACACCUCCUCACCCGGGCGCGGAUGUGUCUUGUCCGACGAUGAAGACUUGGACAAUGACGUCAUCCCUGAUAAUUGUCCUGAAGGCACUUUCUACAACCGAUCUAGCGGGUAUCGUAAAGUUAUCGGGAACAAGUGUGUUGGUGGUGAUUCAAAUUUCUUCCUUCCGAAAAAGACUCCAUGUCCUGUUGGAGAUCUUGGUGGACUGAGCCUUACCUCUAGUGCUAACGCGGUUAAGGUGAACGAAACUGUCACUCUAACCGCCUCCUUAGGAAAAGGAUACCUACCCAACAUCAAAUUCUCGUGGGAUUUCGGAGACAACCACAGGUUCACAGGCUCCGGCAAGAACGCAGCAACCCAGACUCACAGCUUUACCAAGCGUGGUCACUACGUGGUUGUAUUGACUGUAACCAACACGCGCAGUAUCCUUGUCGAGCGUAGUGACGUUUAUGUGGAAGCCGAACUUCAAAGUGACAGGCUGUCAAUCAGUGUCAAUCCUCCCGACCCAUCAAUCGACCAGGAGAUCGUCUUUGUUGCCAACCUUCUGAACUACACCCCGGAUGAAAUUGGCACACUUACGUAUACAUGGAAGGUCGAUGGCAAGACUGUCAAGCAAUGGCAGCCCGUGUUUAAAUACACGUUCUCCAGAUCAGCAUCGUACAAAGUCAGCGUGAGUGUCUCAAACCUGGUCAGCUCAAUUGGCUCGUCUAUAUCGAUAUUCGUGUCAAAAGAUAUCCGCCCGAGAUCAGUAAAGGCCGUAUCUCUGGGUUCUAACGCUGUCAGCGUCGAAUGGCAACCACCUCUGGAGGCUACCCUGUACAUUCAAGGCUACAAAAUAUUCAAAAGUGUGAAUCCGAAGCAUGGCUUCGAGGAAGUUAAGGCGAUCGACAAUGGUCUCUUAACACACGCAGUCAUCUAUGAUCUCCUCCCGGCCACUAAAUACUACUUCAAAGUCAUGGCGUAUACAGCAGUUGGUGAUGGCCCUUUCUCAGAUGUGGUGAGCGCUACUACCAACUCCACCGCUCCCGGCAUCCCUGAGAACCUCCAUGCCUACCCAACAAGUGCCACAUCUAUCAAGGUCGAGUGGAGCAAGCCAAAGAACACGAACCAGCAGAUUCAACAAUACACGAUUCAUUGGUGGAUGGUAGAAGACCCUCGUGUUACCCCAAAGAAUGUGGACGGCACGGUUACCUCCAUAGAGUUUACCAAACUUCGCCAAGACACCCUAUACUCGUUUGAGGUAUUUGCUACAUCGGCGAUUGGCCAGGGUGGUGCUGCAGGCCCAGUGACCGCCCGAACCAACAUUAGCAAACCAUCUUUUCCCCCUCGAAACCUGCAUAAGAUGGCAAAUAACGACACUUGUGUGCUGAUGAAAUGGGACCCGCCCCCAUUCUCUCAAACUGACAGCAGGCCGUUCCCAGCCAAGGGUUACCGUGUGCUGCUAGAUGGCAAGGUGUACGCCUCUACCACUAGUACCACCAAGUGGGUAUGCGGAUUGUCCCCGGCAACCCAAUACCAGAUAGGCGUCCUAGCGCAAUCCGUAGCUGGAGAUGGACCAGCCAGUGUCAAGGUCAUCACGCUCCCUGCACUAAGACCAACUACGCCGCGGGUGCUGAUGGGAGAGGCGAAGUCUUCGCGCAGUAUCCAGCUCACAUGGCAAGCUCCGGCAAAAAUCAAUGGCAAGUUACUCAACUACGCCGUGUACCAGAUGCUCCCGUCUUCGUGGGCCGUCCCAAGACAGGUUCUCGGUACUUCUUACCUCGUUACAGGACUGCUUCCCUAUACUCAGUACCAGUUUGCAGUGGCCGCAAAUAACAGCGUGGGACUGGGCGCUCUGUCCUCUCCGAUUCUUGUAACGACAAGAGAAGAGAUCCCGGAUGCCCCAAAGUACGUCACCGCAGAAGUAGUGCAACCGGAGUCUGCCACAAUUAAGAUCACGUGGUCCCAGCCCAAGCAUCCAAAUGGCGUCAUCACAGGAUACAAGAUCACGUGGCGGAAGACAGACGUGUCUGAUGGAGGCGAGGACGGGCCAAGGUUUACAGACGUGGGCAACUCCAUGACGCACACAUUUGGGCACCUGGAACCUGGAACCGAGUACUCCUUCAGCGUGGGGGCGAGAAAUAGAGCAGGGGAGAGUUUGACUACGAGCCUCGUUGUCAGGCAGUACACACAGCCAGCAACUGAAGGAACCACACGUCUUAGCAUUAGAUUCGCGGGCGCACUGGAUACCGCUGGUCAAUACUUCCCAGAGGAGUUUUAUCAAGCUGUCAGUGCUCAGGCUCAGAUACCUAGCGAGCGCGUAGCGGCGCUUGAGGUGCAAGCGGCUCUUGUGUUCUUCAACAUCCUGCCAGCAUUCAAGUCACCAGGAAAAUCUAUACAGCAGGUGAUUCUCGCGCUCAAUCAGACAUUCAAUGUUGGCAAAACAGGGAAAACUGUUGCAGGGUCACUGAGGUGGAUCAAGACCUACCUCGGACCAGAGCCAACAACAGCAGUCCCAAACAACAAACCAGGCGUGAUCGGCGCACAGCGUAGCGGCUCCAGUCAAUCUGAAAAGCGAACCCUAGCAUUAGCCAUCGCUAUACCGAUCUCACUUAUAGUCCUCGCUUUAAUGGUGGGAAUGGCCUUCUACUACCGAAAAUACAAGAAUCUAGAGAAGCAUUAUACCAAUAUGUCGAGCAUAUACCGGGCACAUAAUGACGAGCUAAAUAUCGUGUACCCUGCCGAUAUGCAUGAAGACCCUCACGACCGCGAGUUGCUUCAGAAUGACAUCAAAACAAGCUCCAAGAAAAAAAGAUCCCAUAAGGAUGAGGAAAGAGUGCCUUUAGAGGAACAUGACGAGCUGGCUUUGGUUUGAGCCUCCCGCGUGUAUGGAUCCGGCCCGGCAUAGAUCUUUACAGAAUACUGCCGGUAUUCUCUACAACAUCGCCAGGCGCCUAAAACGUUUAAGAGAUGUAGUGAGCCACACUUUUGCUUUCAUUUAAUAUUGAAAUCAUGUUAAGAGUUUUAUAAACAACCGUUUAAAAACAGGGUUGUAGAAAACGCAAUAGCACAAUUUCACAAAUCAGCCGAUGGGAAUGCUUUCCCAAACUUGCUAUUUUUGUUAGGAUGGCAUACUUUUAGAAAGUUCCAUCAAAGAGCUGUACAACUCAGUUUAGAGUCUAUUUUCAUGCAGCACUGAUAGAUACAUAAGGACAUCGGAAGGCUGCAACCACGUCCGUACUGAUCAUUUCCUUAUUUUGAAUAUAUUGGGAGGAGCACAAGCCAACCCCGGCCCCUAACCCUGCUACGGCCCUGUUGUCGAUCUCCAAAUAGGCUUCCCGUCGAUAACUAUUUAUUGCUCAGGGGCCGGUUCCCAGAAAGCAGUUUGAGCUAGCCCAAGGAUAAAUACGGCUCUCUUUACAUUCGAUUGGAUAAAAAGGGCAUUCAUCCCUGGGUUAGCGAUAACCUGUUUCCAGGAACCCGGCCUAGCUUCGUGCUAAAUAAAAUUUUCUCACUACAAGUUUACAGCGCGAUUAAAUAUCCACUAGUCUUCAAUAGCUUUGUUUUCCUUAGGUACUAGGCGUAGCCCAAAAAGAAAGUAACGGGUAAGGUUAUCUAGCAGCCAUUCAAAAAAGAAAACAGGACUUGUGCAUGUCAAUUUCUCUUUUACUUUUCAACGGCGAGGAAGGAAUUUGAUUGCUGAGAGCUGUAAAUUUAACAAAAUUGCAUAAUUAGGUAGCGAUUGUUGUGAUUGGUUGUUUAUAUUGUCAUUCCACCUAGUCUUAUCGGUACUUAGUAUCGCCUAAAGUAUUAAAAUGGUGUUGUAAUGUUUGUA